AUGCACAAGUUCACCCUCUACGAGACCGUCAGCCGCUACUACAUGGUCGGCGUCGACGUCAGCGAGCGCCGGUACCGCAUCCUCAAGAUCGACCGCACCACGGAGGGCGCCGAGCUCAACAUCACAGACGACAAGAUCGUCUACAGCCUGAGGGAGAUCAACCAGCUGCUCGACACCAUCGACGACGGCAACCGGGCGUCGGGCGGCAUCAAGCUGCGCUGCACCACCUGGGGCCUGCUGGGCUUCAUCAAGUUCACCGGCCCGUACUACAUGCUGCUCAUCACCAAGAAGAGCACCGUCGCCAUGAUCGGGGGCCACUAUAUCCAUCAGCUCGAGGGCACGGAGCUGGUGCCCCUGACGCCGGGCCGCUCCAAGGUCGACGUCCGCAACAAGCCCGAGGAGCAGCGCUUCUUGACCAUCCUCAACACGCUGGACCUGACCAAGUCCUUUUACUACAGCUACUCGUACGACAUUACUCGCACUCUCCAGCACAACAUCACACGGGAGAGGACGUCGCUGGCUAAUGGAACCAUUCCCUGGCCCAACGAAGACCUCAACGCCAUGUUUGUGUGGAACAGCUACCUGUUGCAGCCCGCCGUCAACGUCCUUCAAGACCCCUAUGACUGGUGUCGGCCCAUCAUCCACGGCUAUAUCGAUCAAGCAGCCCUCUCGAUAUAUGGCCGUACAGCCCACAUCACCGUCAUCGCCAGGCGAUCACGGUAUUUCGCAGGUGCUCGUUUCCUGAAACGAGGCGCAAAUGACCUGGGAUACGUCGCCAACGACGUGGAAACGGAACAAAUCGUUGCCGAGUCUCUCACAACCUCCUUCCAUGCCCCUGGCCCCAGGCCGUACUGCAGUCCUCAGUACACCUCAUAUGUCCAGCAUCGCGGAAGUAUCCCUCUCUACUGGACUCAGGACAGCACCGGCGUGACUCCAAAACCGCCCAUUGAGCUCAAUCUCGUAGAUCCCUUCUACAGCGCCGCCGCUCUUCAUUUCGAUAACCUGUUUGAGCGCUACGGCGCCCCCAUCUAUGUGCUGAACCUCGUCAAAUCAAAGGAAAGGCAGCCGAGGGAGUCGAAGCUGCUAGCGGAGUACACGCACGCCAUCGACUAUCUAAACCAGUUUCUGCCAGCCGACAAGAAGAUUAUUCACAAGGCGUGGGACAUGAGCCGUGCAUCCAAGAUCCGCGGCGGCGACGUCAUUGGCAAUCUGGAAACGAUUGCCGAGUCCGUCUUGAAGACGACUGGCUUCUUCCGAAACGGCGAUGGCAUCACAAGCCCCAUGACAGCCCAGAACGGCGUUGCCCGUACAAACUGCAUCGACUGCCUGGACCGCACCAAUGCGGCGCAGUUCGUCAUUGGCAAACGCGCUCUGGGUCAUCAGCUUCACGCCCUCGGCAUUCUCGAGAGCACCUCUGUCGAGUAUGAUACCGAUGCCGUCAACCUCUUCACCCACAUGUGGCAUGACCACGGUGAUACAAUUGCGGUCCAGUACGGUGGUUCACAGCUGGUCAACACCAUGGAGACAUAUCGAAAGAUCAACCAGUGGACCAGCCACUCCCGGGACAUGAUUGAGAGCUUCAAGCGAUACUACAACAACUCCUUCCUGGACAGCCAGAGACAGGAGGCGUACAACCUCUUCCUCGGCAACUACAUCUUCACGCAAGGCCAGCCCAUGCUCUGGGAUCUGCCGACGGACUACUACCUUCACCACGCCAACCCCAAGGAGUGGACGGAAAAGCCGAGGCCGAACUACAUCAACUGGUACACACCGGCGCAUCUGGAGGAGAGAAAGAUCCCUCCCUUUGUAGCGCCAAAGGCUCUCAAGCAUUGUAAGAACACGGAAUCCUUUGAUGACUACUGGCUAGAGUACUAUCGACCGGCCACUCUGUCGUCCUUCCCCAAGAUGUUUGCGUACAAGAUGAACUCGACUAUCAAAUACAUUCCCUUGAAGGCGACUCAGGAUGGCAGAUAUGAUCUCAGCCCGUUCCGAGUCCGAACCGACGGCGACGUCGAUCCUGAGAAGAGGAAAGUGAAGAAGGAGCCGACAUCGCCGACCGAGUCGCUGGCCUCGACGCAGACAUACCGGCAACAGGCAGCUUUCUCGGAUACGGGAGAUAACGCCUCGUCGAUAUAUUCCGAGAAGACUGGGAGGGACGCGUCUCGAAACGUCUGGCUGCGGCCGAGGCAGCGCGGGUCGCAAAAUGGUGAGAUCUGGGGCAUCUACGGCAGCCACGGGGCGAUAUCGCCUGCGAAGGCCUCUCUGUCGGCGGACACGCUGAGGGAGAAGCCGUCGGAUCUCGAAAAGUCCAAGGGGACGCAGUGGACGUUUACCAAGGCGGUGCAUGACGCGCUCAACCCCUUUGUGAAGGACCACGAAGCGGAUGACUAUGAGCGGUACAUUCGCCAUCCGCAGAACCUCCCGCUCGUCGUGUCAAGCGAUACCCCGGUGGACGUCGACUCGUCCGAGUACAAGGACUAUGUGGACGGCGCAUGGCUAGAUCAGGGCUUGAUGGUGACGGGGCUCGACGAGGAUGCAGACCUCUACUCGGAGCUGGUGAAGAUAGGAGAGAACCCCCUGACCGUCACCGAAGAGGAUGCGCCCAAGAAGAGGUACAAGGCCUACGGCAAGUGGCUGCGAGGCAAGUCGUUCUUCAAGCAGCAGCCGCUAGAUUAA